AAUUUUUGACAACUAUCACAAUUCUUUUUGUUCAACCUUUUCGUGUUAGAUAUUUAUUCAUUCAUUUUUUUUUUUUCUAUUUAGGUGGGAUAGGGCCAAAUUUCACGGGCAAAAUAAGGGGAAUAAGUCAUUUAAUUCAUAAAUAAUUUUUUUUACGACCAUAUUCUACCGUUUGAAUUUGGUGGGUAGUUGUUUAUUUUUAAGGUCAAAAUCAGGUUAUAGGGUAUUUAAAUGCCAUAGAUUCUAAGUUUUAGCUUUGUCAUCUGCAUAAAUGUCCGAUUAAAUUAAUCUGCAGAGGGCAUGAGUGAAGUUUCAUUGAAAUAUCUGGUAGGAAGCAUUAAUACGGGAUUCUUGUUCUGCAGAUUCUAUUUUCAAUGGCUAAAGCUUUCUUGAUUUGUAUGCGAAUCAAUUGUAAUUUUGGUAUCUGCUAAGAGGAAGGCGUUAUUUGUCGCUGGGUUUUGUGAAAAUUAGUCACAUUCAUGGGGAGCUGUGUUUCAAAACCAAAACAAAAGGUGAAAUCAAAUGCCAAGUACUUGUACAAGUCUUGCAAAUUUCGUCGAAAAAUUGCCCCAUCAGUUCCAGUUACACCGGUCGAACACCUUACUGAUGCAGAAAAUUAUGCGAGCGAUUUUUCUGUCCAAGAAUUAGCUUCUUUCGACAUUCAAAGUGGCAAAACCAUCUGCUGCAGGUCUGAAGUUCAAACUUUCCAACGUACCGAGUUGCAACAUAACCAUAAUGAAGUUGGCAUAAAUGGAACAUGCCAAGAAGAAGAAUGGUUCGACUCUGUUAGUAUUCUCGAUUCUGAUACUGAUGAAGACUUCGUUAGCGUUGAUUGUGAAUUUUUUACAUCGUUGAGUACAGCUGGGAGCUCGUUAGAUCGUCAAACUACUCAAUUUGACAGUAACUCGUUCUUUGUUGACCAUGAGUGUAUAACGGAGGAUAAGCCUAAGAAUAUUUUGAAGGAAAAGAAACAAAAUGGCUUCGGUCAGCUAAAUGCAGAUACACAAAAUACUGAUAUUUUAUACUUUAAAAAAGCUGAGGAAACCUUUACAAAGAGGAUUGAAGUCAGUGUACAGCAUUAUGAAGAAAAAACUGCGAGAAACAAUUUUGAAUUUUGUUUAUCGCGGUUUCAUCCUUCAGUCGAUGCCUCUGACAUAAAUCAGCAUACGUCGUUCCCAGGCUCAACAUCAAACAGAAGGAAGUCAACUGCUACAGUGGUUCCAUUAGAGAGGAAACUCUAUGAUAGAGAAACUCCAACCAAGUACUGUUCCUCUGAGAGAUUCUUAUGUCAUCCUAGAGCUGGACACCUGAUUCCAUGCUCCACAGAGAAGCCAACUCAAGGAUGCUGGUGCCCUCUUGCACCUUCUGCGUUUAAGCUACGGGGGGAAAAUUAUUUCAGAGAUAAAAAGAAAUAUCCUGCUCCUAAUUAUUGCCCUUACGUACCAAUUGGUACUGAUUUAUUUGCCUGCCCCCGGAAGAUACACCAUAUCGCACAGCAUGUUGAACUUGCUUCUGUAAAGUCACACAAUGAAGUGCCUUCCCUACUGAUUGUUAACAUACAGCUUCCUGCAUAUCCUGCUUCCAUGUUCCUAGGUGAUAGUGACGGGGAAGGCGUGAGCCUCGUAUUAUAUUUCAAAUUAUCUGAGAAUUUUGAUAGAGAUAUUUCUCCACAAGUUUUGGACAGCAUAAAGAGAUUUGUCAUGGACGAGAUGGAAACUGUGAAGGGAUUUGCUAAAGAUUCUACAGUUCCUUACAGAGAAAGACUAAAGUUCUUGGUAAAUGCUGUCAAUCCUGAGGACCUCCGUUUGAGUUCUGCCGAAAAGAAGCUUCUAUCUGCAUACAAGGAUAAGCCAGUACUUUCCCGUCCGCAACACUUUUUCUACAGGGGACCUAAUUACUUUGAAAUUGAUCUGGAUGUACAUCGUUUCAACUACAUAUGCAGGAAAGGACUCGAUGCAUUUCGAUCACGUUUAAAACAUGGGAUACUCGAUCUCGGGUUGACAAUUCAGGCACAGAAGCCCGAGGAACUGCCUGAGAAAGUUCUGUGUUGCGUUCGACUGGACAAAGUAGACUUUGAAAAUCAUGGCCAGAUACGGACGCUUGUAACACUUUGUGAUGAUUAAGGCUAGAGAUUGGUUGACUGGCACAUCGAGAAACGACAUUUUAAGCUACAUGAAUCUUUAGGAGUCAUUGAAGUGUGAAAUUCCUAGCAUAACAGGGGUUCAUUUGAGUGGGAAAAGAGUGUUCAAGCAUAAUAUUCUUUCUUUGAUUUUAAGUAUGAAGGUGAAACCUUUUGAAUACAAGGAGUAAUUAGUUAUUUUAAUGUACUUUGGAUCACUGGCGGAAACAAAAUUAAAAUGAUCAAUGUAUCAAAUAUUGAAGGAAUUCAA